UAUCCAUCUCUAACACAGCAUGUAACUGUCCUGCUUCCUUCCAAAUAAACACAACAACCCCUUUUUAAAAUUAAAACUAAUGCUAUUAAUACAUUUCACAUAGACACAAUGGUGAUAAACUUUAUUGCAUAAAAUAUUUUAUACUUGUUAGAUGAUAUAAUAUUGUGUUUAGUAGUUGGGCUCAGCCCAUUAUGUAUUUUUGGGUUUGGUCCAUUAUCAAUAUAAAUAAACUAUCCUUUGUGUAGGGUUUACACAAGGGAGAUUAAUCCCAAAACCCUAUUUCAUCUUAUUUUACAUGGUAUCUAGAGCUUAGGUUAGUUUACUACAGUCACUGUCCAGCCGCUCAUUGCCGCCAUCACCGUCGCUACCGCAGCCGUCGUCGCCGGAGCUGCAGUUUCGAUCGACGACCAGGCGACUCCAACGCCGCAGAGAUCGCCGGAGUUCCCACGCGUCUCCACCCAUCGCCGCAAGCUCCGGACGCCGCCCCCUCUCCGCCGCACGUGAUGGUGCGUCGCCGGUCGUUUUCUGCACCGAUCAACUUCGCCUGAAUCGCCUUCUUGAGCUCUUUCUGGAUUUGUGGUUGUUGUUUCAAUCAGAGCACCUUCAAUUUUUAGGGUUUCUCCCUCUAUGGCUUCUUCCGCUACCAAUUCGGGUGUGUCGUCUUCAAGCACUCCGCUAUCUGAACCCUCUGUUUAUACCAACUACGUCAAUGUGCAUUUAUCCAUUGACAAGUUGGAUGGCACAAAUUUCGCGACAUGGGCAUCCGAUAUCAAACUUUGGCUCAAGAGUCAAGGAUAUGAAGAUCAUCUCACCCAGAGUGUAACUACAGUUGCUGCAGAUUAAGUCCACCAUUAAAUCAUCGCUGAAACAAAUGUUUCGUUCAUAUGAAACAUGUUCAGACGUUUGGGCACAGGCCAAGUUGUUAUACACCACUGACACUCAGCCCAUGGCUGAAUAUUUGGGCAAAAUUCAUGCCCUUCUCCAUGAGUUUAAUGAGUUAUUGCCUCCGGCCUCCACUCCAGCUGAAGAACUUGAGCAACGGUCAAAGUUCUUUAUGUUAUUGGCAUUACAUGGUCUUUCUGAUGAAUAUUCCCAUGUUCGCGACCAGAUUUUGGGGUCUCCUGUUGUGCCCAACUUCACUGCUACUAGUUCUGCCCUUUUACGUGUGCCAAAAAAACAAAUCAUUGAUACAUCUACUUGUGCUGAUGAUUCCUCAGUCUUGGUCUCUCAGCGGGAUGAUCGCAAUCGUUCUCGCAAGCCGGGAAAGGGACGACCCAAGUGUGACCAUUGUGGCAAAUUAGGCCACAAGAUUGACAAAUGUUAUGCUCUACAUGGACGUCCUCCUCGGUCUGCUGUAGUGGUUCACUCUGAUCCUCCUCCCCGAUCAGCGACUGUGGAUCCUGCUUCAUCUGAUACCGCAGGGCACCCUGCCAUUUUCAACGACUUUCUCAAAUGGUAUGAGGAACGUCAGAGUUCUAGUUUCACUACAUCUGGCUCUGUUGCACGCACAGGUACAUCAUUUGUUGGCCUAACUCACUCUGAUUCUCUUGGUCCUUGGGUUCUUGACUCAGGCGCCACAGACCAUAUUACUGAUAACAAAUCUUUGUUUUCUUCUUUGUCUUGUCCGGAUCAUUUACCCUCAGUUACAAUGGCUGAUGGGUCUAGAGUCUCAUCUCAUGGUGUUGGUACUGUUAAUAUUUUUCCAUCCAUAUCCAUUGAUCAUGUUCUUUAUGUUCUUGGGUCUCCAUUCAAUUUAUUAUCUGUCAGUCGGCUAACUCGUUCUCUUGAUUGUAUUAUUUCCUUUACUAAAGAUUCUGUUUGUUUACAGGACCGGAGUUCGAGACACAUGAUUGGCACCGGAUGUGAGUCUAAUGGUCUGUAUCAUCUUCAUGCACAAUUUGGUCAUCCCAGCCUUGCCAAACUGCAACAACUUGUCCCCUCUUCUCGUUGUGAGCCACCAUCUACUACUAUAGAUAUCCCUAUUGUGUGUGAUCCUCCUAGUGUGCCCACUUCCAGUGCCACCUCGGAUUCUCCUCAGUCACCUCCGAGUGUACCUAUUGUGGAUAGACCACCUCUUCAGGUUUAUAGCAGAAGACACUGUUGCCAACCACCAACACAUGACUCAUAUCAAGUGCCGAGUUAUUUGUCUCCUCUGGUUCCAACAAUCGAGUCUGAUCUUCCCAUUGCCCUUUGUAAAG